CCACCACCUCCACACAAUGCCACGCAUAUGACUCGAUGAGCAGCUACUCCCCUGGCAUACCAACUUCCUUCGACCCUGCACUACUCCACUCCGAACUCGAAUUCAUCCACGACCAACCCGUCUCGGAAUCCCACUCUGACGAAUUCGACGCGUUACAGCAGUGCAUUGCCCAGGACAAGGCCAAGAAGAACAGCGAAGGCGUUGUAAUACAACACCGAGCUUGGAAUCUUACAGAAAUAUUCAGGAGCGAAGGGGAUCGUUCAAUCGACACCCCUCUAAAACGCCAGAAGCACUCUCAUACCAAGCGCUUCCCCGCUGAGUCUUCAGUCGACGACCAAACUUUCCCUUCGUCGCCGCCACUCUACACGAUGCCGCUCAUCUCAUCACCAGUCGCGUACCCGCCGAGUUCGUCCAUGCCACAAGUCGCGUCGCCAAAGAAGAGAAAGCGUCCAGACGAUGCACGAAGUCCGUUGAAAGAUCUUCACAACAACCAGCCUGCCCGGAAGAUUGGGGGUUUCCUAGACGACUCCGACGACGAGGAUGAUGUUGCAGCGCAGGAGGAGCACAUGUUGAAGCGGAGGGCUCUUAACAGCGUCAAAGACCUCCCAGUAGCACCCGAGGGUAUCGCAGACUACACUCCGCCUGCCAGCCAGGACGAGGCUGCAGAUCCGGAGACAAUACCUGUAGACGCCCUUGACCAGUACCGCUUCGAGUCGCUAUCGCCAGUCAAGCGGACGCAACCAGUACCAAAUACGCCUACGUCGGCACUGCCCGUGCGUGGAAAAGUCAUUCGGAAUGCAGCGGGGAAGGCGAUCCACGUCCAGAAAAAGGCGAACAAGGAGGCUGUCCCUUACGAGCAGCUUAUUGCAUCGCGUUCGGUAGCAGAGGCAGGGAAGGCGAGGACGGAUUACUACGGCCUCAACAUCCACGAGCUGAUGGAUGAGGCAAAAGCGAUGGACGUAGAGAAGGCUGCAAACAAAGAGAGAAUAGUUCUCGAUCUGCCAGAGCAAUCAAUUGAACAGCCAGUCGCCAAGAACGGGAAGAGUAACCGUACCCUGAUGUGGACGGAGAAAUACCGAGCAAAGAAGUUCACAGAUCUGGUCGGGGACGAGCGGACACAUCGAUCAGUGCUGCGGUGGUUGAAAGGAUGGGAUCCAGUCGUCUUUCCAGGGUCCAGCAAAGCCAAGUCGAAAGGUGCAAAAAAGAACUUCGAAGAAGACGAACAAAGACAUCGUAAGGUGCUCCUGUUGACUGGACCGCCUGGACUCGGCAAGACCACCCUAGCCCAUGUAUGCGCUCGACAAGCGGGAUACGAGGUCCAGGAGAUCAAUGCCUCAGACGAGCGAAGUGGUAACGUGGUAAAGGGCCGUAUUCGCGAUAUGGUUGGCACCGAGAACGUCCGGGGAGUGAAUACUAGCACGGCGAACGGCAAGGUGCGGAAAGCAGGCAAGCCUGUUUGCGUAAUCGUGGAUGAGGUUGAUGGCGUUGUGGGUGGCAGUGGUGCGAGCGGAGAAGGCGGCUUCGUCAAGGCCCUCAUCGACCUCAUCAACCUCGACGAGAAGAACUCAAAGACCAUCGGUCAGCACCAGUCUGACGCAGGACCAAAGAAGAAGAAAAAGGGCGACAGAUUCCGCAUGCUACGACCGCUCAUCUUGAUCUGCAAUGAUGUAUAUCACCCGUCCCUACGACCUCUCCGCCAGUCUUCACUCGCGGAAGUUGUUCACAUCCGCAAACCUGCCCUCAACAUGGUUGUCACGCGCAUGCACGACAUCUUCAUCAAAGAAGGUUUUCAGUGCGACUCUGACGGUGUCCGACGCCUCUGCGAAGCCACUUGGGGUGUCAGCACGAAGAAAGAGGGUGGUACAGGCAGCGGCACAGGAGAAGGUGACAUUCGCGGAGUCAUGGUUGUGGGUGAGUGGAUCGCAGGACGGUUGCGCUCCUCUCACGAUGUGAAGUCCAAAGAGAAACCACAUUUGACGCGCAGGUGGAUUGAAGACAAUUUCAUCAACGAUCUGCGUCAUGGCGGAGGAGCGGCCCGCAGCUUAGGACGAGGAGGUGCGAAAGAUGCUGUCGAGCGCGUUUUCAAGGAAGGUGCGGGAUUUCCAAAGCAAGCUGAGACCACGGAUCCACGAACUGCUGUUGCACGGGCAAAGAAUGGAGUUAUCGGUGUUGCUGAGUCUGCAAAGCGAAGAGCUAUGGAGAGACUGAGAGAGAUGGUCGACACGAGCGGGGAUUGCGACCGUAUCAUCUCGGACUGCUUCACCGCGUACCCUGAGAAGCCAUUCCAAGACGACACCCUCCUCAGCAAACCCAACUCUGCCUAUGAAUGGCUGCACUUCCACGACACCCUCUCAACUGCCGUUCACGGCUCCCAGGAAUGGGAACUCGCACCCUACCUCUCACAAUCUAUUCUCGCCUUCCAUGACCUCUUUGCUUCUCCUCGCCAAGCAUCAUCAGUCCCUACCGAUCCUGAUGCGCAGAUCUCGGCGUUCUCUGGGCCUGGUGCCAAUUUCGCGGCGGUAGAACAGCUGAAGAGUACGCGAGCAGGACUUAUGGGUCUGCAAAGCAGUCUAAGCAUCCCGCUUACACGCUCGUUCCGCAGUCCGGAGGAAAUGUCCCAAGAACUCAUACCCUAUGUACUCCGCAUGCUCUCGCCAGACGUCAAACCCGUGAUCGUUAACACCGGGCCCUCGGGCUCCAAAUCUUUCGCUACAGCAUCGGUGCGCAAAGCUAGUGAGAAAGCGCUGGUGAAAAAAGCUGUAGAAGCCAUGGCAGCGACUGGCGUGCGCUUCGAGAGGAGUCGUGUCGAAAUCGACGAUGUUGCGAAUCGCAGCGGAGGAUUCGUGUGGAGAAUGGAACCACCGCUCGACACGCUUGCUUCCUUCGAGACCCUGUCAGUUAAGAAAGAUGAGAAAGUACGGUAUGCGGUGCGCAGCGUUUUGGAGCAAGAAUGGCGCAAGGAGAGCGCAAGAAUGGAUAUGGACGCGAGGAAGCGUCGGGGCGGGCAAACGGAGUUUGACCUUGCAGACGUUGACCCGAAGGAAGACGUCGAUCCGGCAAAGGCGGCGAUAGAAGCUAGUAGGCGAGCUGUUAAGAGAGACUUCUUUGGCAGGGUCAUCAAGGAGUGGGAGGUUGGGCAGGCGGAGAGCGAGAAGGAGAAGAAGGCAAGACAGGCAGAGGAGAAAAAGGGGGAUCACGGCCGGAUAUGGGUUUCCUUCAACGAGGGAUUUUCCAACGCGGUGCGGAAACCGGUCACUAUUGAUGAGUUGUUGAGGGGAUUGUAGGGAGGAUGAAUACAGAAUUGAUCAAUC